GAAAGCCGCGGGAGGAAUAAACGCGAGUGGGGAGGCGGGGGCUGCCUUCUUGGCCCGCCUCUCCACUUCUGCGAUUGGCUGUGAGGCCUUGGGCCUCCUCCCCACAGGCCUGCGCCUGCGCGAGGCACAGGGCCCGAGUUACACCUGAUGGUGGGAGGUAGAAACUCUCCGUUCUCUUCCGCGGGCGGGAGAGUUAGAUAGCCACUCAAGAAAACACCAUGAAAGAUACUGACAUCAAGAGACUACUAUAUGUCCAUCUAUUAUGCAUAUUUUCAAUUAUCCUAAGCAUCUUCAUUCCAUCAUUCUUCUUGGAGAACUUCUCAGUACUGGAAACACACUUGACAUGGUUGUGCAUCUGUUCUGUUUCUGUAACUGCCGUCAAUUUAGUAUUGUAUUUAGUAGUGAAACCAAAUGCAUCUUCUAAAAGAAGUUCAUUAUCAUACAAGGUAACCAGAUUUUUGAAAUGCUGUAUCUACUUUCUUAUGUCUUGUUUCGCCUUUCAUGUAAUUUUUGUUCUAUAUGGAGCACCACUAAUAGAGUUGGCGUUGGAAACAUUUUUACUCGCAGUUACUUUGUCCACUUUUACUACUGUACCUUGUUUAUGUUUGUUAGGACCAAACUUCAAAGCAUGGCUAAGAGUUUUCAGUAGAAAUGGGGUUACAUCCAUUUGGGAGAAUAGUCUCCAGAUCACUACAGUUUCUAGCUUUCUAGGAACAUGGCUUGGAGCCUUUCCUAUUCCACUCGAUUGGGGAAGACCAUGGCAGAAUAAGUACUCCGUGUGGCUCAUGGUGCUGACAGAAUCUGCCAGAGAAACAAUAAACCAAAUGAAAGAUCAUGGCGUCACCUCAGAAUGGAGAUUCUUCUAGAGUAAAAUUUCACGAGAAGAUAACUACUAUAUAUACUUCAUUAUCUAAACUGUAAUAUUAUAGUAUUAGGAAGAGAGGUUAGUUCUCUAUUCCUUAUAGCCCAGUAAAGAUUUGAUAUGCUUGUGGUAAAGCAAGCUUUUCUGGAUUGGGAUCUGGUUUUACUGAUGUUUCAGUCAGAGAAACAAGGGUAUCUGGUUAAGCAAUUAUACUUUCUUUAAAAACACAUACCAUCCACCUCACAAAAACUUUUGCAUGUUUAGUUCCAUUUUUUCUACUUUGAAUUCAAAUCUGACUUCGUAUAAAAUUUCCGGAGGCCAAACAUAAGAUUAUAAUGAUGUGAGUUCUGUACUGAGCAAUUUCAAGAAUAUUUAUAUUUUUUAAAUUGUUUCAUCAUUAAAUGACUAGAAAGGCCCAUUGCAAAUAUAUAACCUCAAUGAAAAAUGUUUUUCACUUACUAAUAGGAAUUUUAAAUAAUUUUAAGUAAUGACAAAUGACAAAAGAUACCAGGCAUCUUUAUAGCUGGAGGAAGCCUUCCCUUUCUAGGAGGCAGCAAGAGAAUUUGGUGAAAGAGAAUGUGGUCGGUGGCUGCCCACUAUGUUGUUGGUAAUCUUUAUUGUUUUCUUUAAAAAUAAUUGAAAGUCAUCUUGCUUCUCUUCCUUGCCUUAAUUAUUACAUUAUAAACAUUUGAAUUGCCCAUAACUCAGACAGCCUUCUUCAGCCCCAGAGAAAGCUUCUAGUUAUAGUUACUGACAAAAUGAAUAUUUUGACCAUGGAAGAUCUUUGUACAUUAUAAUUUGAUGCAUUAUCUGCUGUAAAAAUAGCUAAUCAGUAAAUAUUUGUUGAGUUCUUACUGUGUACAAAAUACAUAUUCUGUGUAAGUUACAACAGAUACUUAAAUAUUACCAGGACUGGAAUUUAAUUGUUUGGUAAUGAUAAUUUAGAUUCAUAUUGUGAUUUAGAUUCAGAUUUAAUAUGCUCUAAAUAUUUUGCAGAAUAGAUGGUUAUGAGCUUUUCAUCUGGAAAAUGUCUUAAUUAUCAAAAGUCGGCUAGUAUUUCAUGUUAUUAAAAAAAUUAACGGGAGGUUGGGAAUUGUUGUUGGUUAUUCUGAGCAAAGGAAAUUUACCAUGAAGUUUUUAAAACCACAUGUUUUAUUAAUAGGUAGACAGAUAACAGGAUGAUUAAGAGCUCUGGCAUCAGAUUAUUGAGUUCAAAUCCUGGCUCUGCCACUUGCUAGUGAGGAUUAAAUAAUAUAAUCCUUCUAAAGUACUUAGUUCAGAACCUGACACAUAGUUACUGCUUAAUUACUGUUAUAGGCAUUUAUGACCUAUAAAAGGAGUAGGUUAAUGACUAUUUUUUUUAGCAUUACCAAAAAACCCUGCAAAUUCCAUUAUUUGAGUUCUCCAAGUGUUAGAGCAUGUUAACUGUCUCAGUUUAUUGUAUUCAUGCUGCCUGAUAAUCCUUAAAUUGGUAGGGUGGAUUGUUAAAUCAUCUUUUUUUCCCCUGGUAUUUAGGUAUUUAGGGUAUUUGGAUUUCAUGUAACUUUCAAUUCUGUCUGACAUUUCGGAUGGCAAUAGAAAGAAAACGUCGUAUCUGUCUAUGUACCAGGCAUGGGCUUGGCACUGUCACACAGGCAACUUAAUCCUGGUAACCCUAGUGCAAGGUAGGGUUCAGUCCCACUUCUACACAAAAGAAAGCAAAGUGUGAGGAGAGGGGUACACAUCUUGUUCAACAUUUCUUGGCUGAUUAGAGGAAGACUCAGGAUCCAGUGCCCCAAGACACCAUGAUUCUCUUUAUCCUUGGAGACUCUGAAACAUAGCUUUUCUUUUUAAAAAAUGGCCAUAGCUUAGAUUUGGGGGGGAAAGGUUGAGUAGUUAUUAUAUUGUGUUUCUUUCUUCACUUGAGAAUUUCAUUUAAGUGCCAUGACCACUCUGGUAGUGUUUGUAUUUUAGACCAUAAAAUUUAAUGUAUUUGUAGGAGAGUAUUUGAAGCUAAGAUGUGAAGCUUUUGUACCUAGAAAACCAACAAAUAUCUUUAAACUCUGGACUUCCAUGCUACUGUCUCCAAAAUGGAAUUGACCCAGAGAAUCAAAUCUCUUCUGAGCAUAUUUAUUUCUUAUAAAGUUAAAAAGCAAAAUGGAUUGAGAUUGUCUUUAAAACAAUUUUAAGUUGUUUAAAAAUAUUUGUACUUGUUCCCAUCAGAUACCAGAUAAAUGAGGCAUUAUUAUAUUUAAAAACUUUUUUGUUUUCUCUGGUUUUAUCAGGUUAAAAAAUUAAUAUCUGUGAAACAUAUAUAUUCAUUUUUAAAAGUCACAGAUGCCACAGAUAAUACUUUCAUAAAUUGAAGCUGGAGAUCAUAAGGAUAAUUAAAUGAAUCACUGCAAAUAAUGACAGUGAGGGAUAAAGCUAAGAUUAUGGAUUUAAUUAUUGAAGGGUGCAUAUUUUUAGGUUAAUUGGUGUUUCUGUUGCUAAAGGUGUUAUACAGUAUUUUAGACAGACCAAAAUAAAAUAUUAAUGUAUAUGAAAUAUGAGUUACAUAUUUCGAGCAUGGAAAAAAAACUAUAAUGUGUAACUGAUAGAAAAUGGUUUUGGAUUUAAAAGGUGGGUUCACUGUUGGGCAGUGAGGUUGAAAAUGAUCUGCUAGCAGAACUUUCAUGUGAGGGAGAAGAGUGCUGGCUAAGGUAACUCAUUUGCAUGGUCCUGCCAAGGACCAUUUAUCGUCACUUUGGCAAGAAGUUCCAGCCUGGAGACUGCGGACCGCUCCACAAAUAGCUCUUCCUAAAUCUGUGUUCUUAGUCACAGGAGAGUGGUAUGGUAUACAUGGCACACGGAAGAGUUACAACUAGAGAGAUGUAUCCAGAUGAGUAGAUUCAUCUGUACAUGUAUUCCUACAUCAGACAAUAGCAUUUGCUUUAAGGACAUCUGGAAAAACACAUCACUUAAAACCAAAUUCAGAGGAAAAUAUAAAUAAUCAUUUAAAACCAGUAGAAUUUUUGAAAGUAGGUUUUUAAAAAUGAAUUCUAUCAGUCAUGCAAAUGUAAAUUUGUGGUAAACAUGAUAAACAAAACAUACUAAAAAGUAGUUUGAAAUUUAGAACUGCCUGGGCUUUAUCUCCCUUUUUUAUCUGAAAGAGCCAGUAAUCCUAAUGGUUAUGAGUUGUUCUAAGUGUUUCUAGGUUUUUUUAUCUGCAGAUAGGUCAGUUUUCCCAUGAUAUCUAUCAUAGUACAUACCUCUCCAAAAAUUAUAUUGAAACAUUUUUUAAAGUUUGUGUUAUUAAAAUUUAUCUUAAAAAUUAAAUAAUCUUAGUUUGCCCCUUAACUGCUUGGUUUAUAGUAGGGGCUGUCAAUAAAUAGUUUUGAAUAUACAGAGCCAUUCAAAUGGAGACUCUUAAAAAUGAUAGAAAUGCCUACCAGUGGUUGGUUUAAAAUCAGUUUCUGUACUUAUACUUCUUAAAAGUUAUGAAAAACGACAGCUAGGAGCAAGAAUCACCCAUCUAUUUCAGUGGUAAGGCUACAUAUGGUUAAUAUAAUGCCAUAUGCUAUAUAGCUCUUGAGAGUUUUCUCUUGUAAGCUUUAUGCUCCCCAGACAUUUCAUGGGAAGAAAAGCAAGUACUAAAGAUGCUUAUAUUACAAGGGCAAGGGAAUAGUUCCUACAGCACAACAUAACAUUGCUCAUAAACUAUUAAUAUUUUAUUUGUUCUAAACUGCAGGGUCUAAUUAUCACCUAUUAGAAUACCUAAGAAGUACUUCCAUUAGUGAUCAUGUAAGUUUAAUUUUUUCAAGUUAAAAUAUGUAAUAUACAGAAUGAUACUGAUGCAUGGUACUUUACAGCUUUCAUGACAGAUUUUUAAGUAUUACUUCAUUUAAUACAAGAGCCCCAUGUUUUAAGUACAAGAGGUAUUAUUAUCCCUGUUUUGCAGUUGGGAAACUGAGGCUCAGGUGUUAAGUGACCUGGCAAAGGUCAUAUGGCCAGUAAGUGGCUGACUGGCCCUGCAUCUCAGAUCAUUCUCACUCCAAUGUCGCAUGCCAUUUCCUAGAAAAGCAAAGUAAAGCUCCCAAGUAAAAUAUAAAGUAUUUUUAAAAGCAGCCUAAUGUUUUUAUAUAAUUAGCUUUUUAAACUUUUUGUUGAAUAUUUUAAACUAAUUUCAAAAAAAGUCACCAUUAUCCAAUCCCAAAUACCUGAUGAAACCUGCAGCAGCUUAUAAACUGCCAUAGUCAGUGAUAUACCAAACUAGCUGUUUUAUGGAGUAAAAAUGUAAUCUAUUUGCACUUGUUAUAUUGUGCAUAUUAUAAUUAAAAUGUAUUUAAACUGUUUACUCUCAAUUCACACAAAGGCCAUCUACGUCAUUGAAAUUGAUCCUUAAAAUUCUGAAACCAAAAAGUGAAAGGUCAUUGUAUUUCUUUGACCGACUAGAACAGUUAAUAAAAAUACUUAUUAGGGUAGAGUGAUGAAGAGUACAGGGAUUCUUUUUUUUAUUAUUGGAGUAUAGUUGAUUCACAAUGUUGUGUUAGUUUCUGGUGUACAGCAAAGUGAUUCAGUUAUAGAUAUGUAUCAUAUUCUUUUCCAUUAUGGUUUAUUACAGGAUAUUGAAUAUAGUUCCAAGUGUAGGGAUUCUUAACCAGGAGUCCAUAUAUGGGCUUCAAGUUUGUGAACCCUUGAAAUUAUAUGGAUGUGUGUAUAUACACAUCCAACUACCAUCUAAUGGAAUUCAUGCUUCCUUCUCGUCAAACAUGAUCCAUAUAUAUGUAGAUGUAAUUUUUUAAAAAUACUUUUAAAGUACUUAAAAUUUGGGCAGGAUUUUAAAAAUAGCUUUAGAGAUGGUAUAUUUGAGGAAUGAUGGUAUUCUAGAUUGUAAUGACAACUUAUUUCAUAUGUGCCUAUUAAAAAUAUGAACUAAAAGAUUAUUAUCAAUUAUAACUCACAUUAAUUGGUCACUUGUACUAUGUGCCAGAUACUGUUAUAGGUAUGGUUAUAAGUAUCACACAUCACAUUGUCUCAUUUGAUCGUUACAAUAACCCUAUGAGGUGAGUUUUACAGUGAUCCUUAUUUUGUAGAUGAGAAACCAAGGCACAGAAAGGUUAGGUGACUUGCCCAG